AGAAGUUCCCUCAUUUUCUUCAUAGCCCCCGUCUUCUAUCCACCCCACGAUAUUUUGUGUGUUUCGCUUAUUUAGACAGAUUACAUGCGCUUGCGCAACCAAUGCCAGCAUUGUUACUCGAUUUCAGUAGAGUAUGCUUGUCCUCCUAGAAUGAGUUGUACCCCAACUCGUGCUGGUGACAGCUAAUUUGUCACCAGUACGGCAAUGCAAAAUCAAUAAACAUGUAAAAGCUCCACAUUGCAUCAAUAAAUGCGGUGGUGUCCUCGUCCGGGAGGAAAGCGUCUUCUACUUCUGUGCCGGGGUCUAGGAUAGUUGUUUCUGUUUCUAGUUUUCUGCGGCUUGUGUCGUGGCUUGUGACAGAACAAGUUGUGCCUGAUGAUGAAAGUAACUUGUUGCAAACAAAACAAAAUCCACGCGGUUGGUCGACGUCUUUUAGCUCCUGUUGAACAUAUUCCGGCGACGGCGAGUUCUUCUUGUUACUGGUAGUGUAUUUUGCUUGUUCUUCCGUGCAGAAUCAACUUCUACUACCACGACCACCUCAUGCUUCGCUGGUGCCGAAGAAAGAGAACAAGCGGACGACCUCUGCUGUCCCCAGUGCAGACGACUGCGACUGGGCGGUUCCUGUCCGUCUCGACGAGGACGAAGAAGACAACGCGUAUUGAUCUUGCCAACAUCUACUUGGAGAAGACCUUCCUACAUGUAGUCCUCCUGGCGCUUGUUUUAGUCCUACUACUUGCAGGUGGGCCACGACCGUCGGAGGUUAAUAGAAAUCUCGAUCGCAUACAUGGUGUCGAAGAGCAUGUUGAGCACAGCACAGCAAGUACAUCAUCACGAACAACCACGACCCCUGGAGCUACUAAAACGGCGACUGUACAACUGUUUGCCCGUGCCCUGUCCCUCACCGUAGUUGAAAAACACAAGCGGAGUAGAAAGAGUAGACUCAUCCAAGAUGAACAGACAGCGAUAAGCAGCACACCAGCGCAGCAGCAGCAGCAAGUAGAACAGCAGCACAGAAUAAAUAGUGGUAGAAAGAAGAUAGCAAUCGGAGGGCCUGUAAAUAAGAAUGGUCGACGUUCAUCUCGUGUUCUUCCAGAUCGGAGGACGCGGAUGGUUGCAUCUUCGGGGGCUUCAUCCGAAAAUAAAGUUUUUCUCCAACACAACCCGGAUGACACCGCUAUUGCUUUAUCGAAGGCAAGAACUACCUCUGUGGUCGAACAACUUGAAGAUGGACGAGAUGAACAUGGACGUGAGGAUCAAGAGCACCUGGUGCACGACCCCCGUACUAGCAGGAGGAGAACGACAGCUUCUCAGGACGACGAAACGAUCCCAGCAGCGGGAGUAGAUGUAGAACCUCCAGAACCUCCGGGUCCGGCGGAAAUAGUUGUAGAAGAGCAUCCCCCUCAACCUCAAGGUCGUGGACACGAACAGAACCUGAACUUUUUAGAACAGAAUCAGAAACAAAAGCAGGGCAAAGACGUAGUAGACCUGUCGCCCCCUUCUUGUUGCGGCGAUCUAUUAGGAACAGCUCCUGCACAGGAUGAUCAUUCUUCGCACCAACUAAUCGCGUUCCGGAACAAGAGCCAUGUACCUCCCCCACCAGCUGCGAAGAAGUCUUCAAAUGAUGGUGAUAAUAAGUCAGUAGGUGGUCUCGGUCAGGGUCGUGACGUGUCGAAGAAGGAGUUCGAGGCGGUCCAGGACAUCCAAGUAUGCAUUGCAAUAAAAGCAUCCUACUCCUGUGUACAAAUUUUCGCAUAUGUAACAAAUUUUCUCAUCUUCAAGAAAAGUGCUGCAAUGUGCUAUGCUAGAUCAGGUAGAAGAUGAACAAGUAGAUGAGUACAACUUCUGCGAUUUAUUUUGGUACGAGUGCGAUGCUUUAUGCUUUUGCAGUGGAUACACGGCGCUCCUGCUGAACAAUACUUGGGGCGCUCCAUCGCAAGAAGGUUUGUCGCUCGGACCCCUGCAUGAUUUCGGCUACACCUGCGGGUGCGAGCAUGGCUUUCCGGCGACCGGAGCCGCUUGCACGGAACCACACGGAAAUAUUUGUGCCUCUUGCCACGACGAAGGCACCGUCAACUACCUGGCCAACAAGAUUUGCUACCCCAUAAACCACCCGCGGCCGAAGGCCGGUCGCUGGCUACCGGACACGGAUGACCUGUUUCAGAACCAGAACAUCCAACCUCUUCCAGCUCACAUGGAAGACCCGUGCCGGUACGGAAAAGAUCAAUACGGAAAAACGGGCACCCGCGAACACUGGCAGACCCUGGAGGCGGGCGUAAGAGUUCGUGGGACGAGCGUUCGCAAGAACAAAUGGGCCUGGCCUGGUAAUGAUCAUCUGAAUCUGGAGGACUACCUCAACGAUGUGUGGGAGGCGAAUCAGGUGUGCUUUGGUGGUUACGGGGACGACGGAGCUAGCAAACGAAACGAGGAUAUUGUCGGGGAAUUCGUGAUAUCCAAAGCAAAAGUUGUAUAAGUGAUUGAUAGCAGCGCUAGCACACCACCGGUAGUGAAAAAGAAUAUACAAGAAAAUCGUACAAAAUUAAUGAUAUGCAUGAUCGUUCGUAGGACCGAUAGUGCGUAGAAAUAGUACGGAACAUCAAAGCUUAUCACCAACAGCCUAGAUAGCAGAGUCACUACGCGUGCCAUGAUCACGAAUGCAACACUUUUGCAGUGGAUACGAGAUUCCAAGCGAAGUUGCGGAUCGUGGAGCCGUUAGCCAGGUGACACUCGUCCACAAGAAGGGCAAGAUCGCAUGCGCCGAUUCAACCAAUUUCGGCUCUUGCAAGCUGGACCAGUGGGCCAGCCUGAAUGACGGGAAGGCUGGCGUAUUUCUGUCGCGUGACGAUCUAGCCGGAAACCCGGUACUCGUAUCCUGAGCAAAAACGUCCCCACCUCCCCAUGGUCAAGCUCAUAUUAAAUCUGCAAGAAGAACUGCAACGCAAAUCUCCAAGUCUUGGGAGUUGUGCAUGACAAGUUUCCGCCUGCAGAAGUGUAGUGCUGGUUAUUAGCAAGGGAAGCCGCAUGAAAGAGCCAUUUAUAAUUUCUCAUCCUGUUCACAAAGAAAUGCCAAAACACGAUCGGAAAUGCCUACCAUGGAGAUGCGCAUCACAAGUGUUCCUGUCAACAUUGCGCAGUUGCAUGACAACUCUGGGGUGGAUUGGACGUUUUUCCACCGGAGAAGUCGCACCCUUUCCCGAUAUGUACCGGUUCGUAGACCCGCAGACCGAUUGGUUCCAGCCGGCGCAAAGUUUUCGGUUCGUUCCCCAAACGAACGAGAACGGUAGGCUGGCCUACGCCGUCCUCCGCGAAGGAGAGCCGAAUGGAAACGGCCACUUUGCGGACGAGCUGCAUUUCCGGGGAGAGACGGGCGUGGGAGCGAGUGUCUUCACAUUUCCAACAGGCGUCAAAUACCACCUGCAACAAGGCGAGAACUGGAGAGGCAUGGUAGACCGAGCCGGUGACAACAAGGGUAUUGUGUGCGUUGACGUCGUGGUCUGCAUGGCGAUUCCAUUUUCCAACGGCUUCCCCGAGUGCCACGUAGGCUACCACUUUAAUAGUCUUCCCUCGCUGCAGAACACGUGCGAACCAAAUGUCUGCCACUGCAACAACGGACAAGGAGCGGAAGGCACGGCCUGCGUGCCCCACGGGGCUCACGUUUGCACAAGUUGCAAGAACGACAACUACGCACUGGACGAUACGACCAAGAAGUGUGUGAAGCAAUGUACCUGCGACAACGGAACCGUGGCGGGGGCAGACGCUUGCGAAGCCGCAGGCGAUAACACUUUCCAAGUCUGCUCUGCAUGCAACGCGGGCUACCAUUUAAACGUCAUUACGAACCUGUGCGACGAGAACCAGUGUACGUGUCGCAACCCAAAUUUCUCCGGGACAACCAACACCGCCUGCCCGGUACACGAUACAGAGGUGUGCGAGAGCUGCUUGACUGAGUGUGGAGGUAAUUAUGGACAGUGUGACUUAUGCAACGCUGCUCGGCCCCUGAACUCAAACUGGGACAUGGCCUGUUGCGCGAAUAGUGGAUCUGGUGGAACCGCUACAGGAGACGACGAUAACCACUGUGCCCGCGUUAUCGAAUUCCCAGUGGCGGAUAAUUAUGACUUUCAAAACUCCGGCGGAGGUACAGAUGAUCUCCCGCCAGAGUGCGUGCCGACUUAUUUCAAACUGACCGGGCAAACGAUGUAUCCUGUGCAAAAGUAUCGUACUCGUACAAAUGCAAGUCUUGCAUUACAAAUCUUGUUUCCAAGGCAAAUCUGCAUUACAAAUUUCAUUUCUCAUGCUGAGAAAAUUUGUAAUGCAUGAAUACGAGUGCGAUACUUUUGCACAGGAUACGAUGUCGCCGCCAGCCGGCAGUGCUCCAGUCCCGCUCACUUUGGAGCUUUCCCCCCUCCACAACGAACGCGCAUGGGUUUCCGAGGGGCAUCUUGGGUGUUGGCGCAGUUGUCGUGAUCGGGCGGGGUAUUGCGACUCUUGCCAGGUCACCGCGGGGCCGGACUUUUCCUCCUACGAAGGAGCCUGCUGUGAAUACAGCCAAGACGAAAUAACCGGGCAGCUUCAACCCGCUGUACUAGAUAGCGACAACCAAAUUCGGCGGGAGUGCAACAUUCUACCUGCGAUCAACUGGUCCGAAGUCGGAAAGAAGUUCGUCGCCUUCUCCGGGUAUCCGGCCUGUGUGGCGGUUCCAAACUGGGUACGGACCCCGUCUUGUCUAGCAGAGGAGCUCUGCGGUGCCGACGGGGAGGGGAAGUUGUGCAACAACUGUAUGAGUUUUUUUAUCGCUGAAGCAGGUGGAAACCAAAAUGCUGUUUUUGGCAAGUCCGCCGCCUGUUGCUCGAGAGCAAAUACCGCUGCCUAUAAUAAUGGCAUAGAAGACCACAACGUCUGUGCCAAUGCGGGUUCUUACCCGAUUGCCGACAGGGUCGCGGACAGUUCCUUCUGGCAGCCGGAGUGUGUUCUCAUGGAUCUUGUGUGUGUAGACCCAGGAACACACCCGAGCGGCGGACAAUGCGUCCCGAAUGAAUGCACCUGUCCCACUGGCGGAAAGGGCGCCACGGGCGCGGCCUGUCCUGUUCACGGACAGGAACUUUGUGACACGUGCAACGACGGGUACCAUAUGAAACCUGGUUCGACCUCCUGCGAUGAGAAUGUCUGCAGUUGCGACAACGGGAUUGGGGCGACGGGAGUGGAGUGUGUAACCCCGGGGCCAUUCUGCACGAGUUGUAAUCCCGGGUAUCACAAAAAUGUAAACAACUUCUGCGUGAUCAACGUGUGUUAUCCUGUGCAAAAAUAUCGUACUCGUAUUGCAAUCAUGCAUCACAAAUAUUUUUUUAAAAGUGAAUCCGCAUUGCAAAUUUCCUUUCUCAUCAUGCUGGGGAACUACUUUGUAAUGCAUUUAUACGAGUACGAUACUUUUGCAGUUCAUAUGUGUACCUGCACCAACGGAAGCGGUGCGCACGGGCUGCCGGACUGCAUUGCCCACGGGGCGGAGCAGUGCGCGGUAUGUGAAAACGAGGGGUUUCACCUCCUGACUAGGGAAAUGAGCAGAGAGGACUUUAUCGCUGCCGCCGCAGGGCCGAACUCUGCUGACAGCGAUAAUUCUGCUUCGGAUUUAUUUUACCGGAGAACCUGCGAACAAAACCUCUGUUACUGCACUAACGGCACCGCAGCGGAAGGAGCUAACUGCACACAAAACAACACGGAAAUCUGCACUGAUUGCGACGACCCGGGAUACUUUCUGAACACCACGACAACCGCGAACGGAACGAUAACUAUGACCAGCUGUGAUUUAAAAGAGUGCACCUGUGGAAAUGGUGGUGUCGCGGCCAGUGGAAUCUCCUGCCCGGUGAAUGGUAUGGACAAGUGUGAGUCUUGCACGGAGGCAGAGGGAUACCACAUGGAAAAUGUUACGGUAAUAGUUGCGGUUGGCGCUGCCAACGAUACAGAUAUUGAAAAUAACGCGGAAGUAGACGUAGCGCAACCUGAAGACGGCAAUCUUCACAUCGAUUUGGCCAGCAAUUCGCUUGAAGCCGAUGUAGCUGAACUUGAACAGCAAGAAGCCGGUUUAUCGUCCAAUGAAACGACGACCGAAAGCCUGCAAAACUCAUCCUCAAACGCAGCUACAGAGAGGACCUUUGUAAGCCAAAUCUGUGUCCUCAACCAGUGUCUUUGCGCUGGGGGGACCGCCGCGACCGGUACGGAUUGUGCCGAGAAUGGGACGGAAGUUUGUGUUGCGUGUGACGAGGAGAAAGGAUUUGGCUUCGAUAAGGAGAACGACGUAAACAGUCCUCGCAUAUGCGUACUAACAUCAACAACCUCAACCACAUCCAGCACUUCUCAAAAAGAACACAUCAUCGAGGACGAAACCACGACGACAACCCAGCCCCCAGCUACCACCGAAGAGCCCAAAAAUAAUGUGACCGUUGCCCCGGCGGAGACCGAUGAAAAUGCCGCCGAAAAGGAGGACACGUCCGGCUGCUGCCUACUUCUAGUUUUCUUAAUACUCGCUCUGAUAAUCGCGAUCGGGAUAGCGGUGUAUUUUUUGUUUUUCGCGGAUAGUGCAACAGAAGAAAACGACAGUGAGGAGGAAAGGAGGAGAAAUAGAAACAAGCGCAGCCGGGAUAAAAAGAAGAACAAUAGAGACGAUGAUAGUACAACUACAGAUACCAUUCUCACGUUUGGUGUCAUUGAGAGAGCCUUUUUGAACGCCGGAUUCGCGGGGCAAUACGCUACGGAUUUGGCAAAGCAGGUGGUGUUUGACGAAAGAUGUGAGGAUGAUGAAGAAGUUCUAAAGCCUGAAACGUCGAGUAAUGAUGCGCAAAUCUUAAGCCGCGUGAAAAGCCUACUACCUUCCUCGUCGGUGGAUACUACGAACGAAAGGAAGUCUUCAUCCUCGUCGUCAUUGCGUGUCGGAAAACUCCGACGCUUCUUACGCGGCUUACUGAGAGCCCAAAAGCCCAAGUGGAGGGCUGAGCAAUUGGCGCUGCCUUCAAGAAAGUCAUCCUUCGAAGACCACAGUAAAAUGGACAGCAAUGCCAGCUUGGAUCUUGAAAACGCAACUAAAGGGGGAGUCACUCUACUUACCAAGAAGCAAGCAAGACGCGUAGUGCAUCAAAACCUCGGAUACUCAGACGAAUUCGCGGCGUACGCCGCUGGGAAACUGGCUAAAACCGCGGAAAGGGCGGAGAUGUAUCAAUUGGCCCAAUUAGUGGAUACAGGUGAGGAAUUGCAAAAAUGGCAUUGGGAGGACUACGUCGACAGCAAAAGCAAAGACAACGAAGACGAAAGCUUGAUGCGAGCCUUUGCGAAAGCUGUGGCGGAAAUGGAAGAGAACAGGAAGAGCAGAAUGUUGAAAAGUAGGAACAACAAACAGAAAGACCACAAAAAUGCACGGCCGCAGGUCUCUAUUCAUCCAGAGUUCGACUUCGAUAUAGCCGACUUUACUGUCGACGACGCGAGGUUUCGUUUAGAAUCCAACAUCGGCUUGAGCGAGAAAAUGGCGGCGUUUUUGGCUCCGAAGCUGGUGAAAAAGGCCCGGGAAGUUGUGUAUGAGGGGGCAUAUGUGAUAGUCGGGGGAAGCAAAGACGGCGGAUCUGGUACUGGCAGCAACGGGUCGUCUGGAAGUAACGCAGCUGCUUCGACGAUGAAUCGGUUACCGAGGUUUGCGAAACUUGCGUUUCGUUCCUCAACAUCCAAACAAGACCACUCAGCUGAUUGGGAAAACUGGGAAAAACACUGUGAAAAAGCCGAUAGGAAGCUUAUGAAAGACGCGAUAGAGAAAAGGAAAAAAUCAAGCAAAGACGAGCAUCAAGAAGUCUCCAGUUCUGAUUCAGACAGUAAAAGAAAGAACGCCGACGACAGUCACAGUGAAAAAGCUUCUCUGCUGAAAGAGUUUUUCACUAGUGUUUACUUCCGUCACCGCAAGGAGCAGCAGAGGAAGAACAAGCAUCUUACAGGUUUCGCUCUCGACCUUUUCGGAGAGAGCACUCGCAGUGGCGACGGAGAUACAACUUCUAAGACGAGUGCGGUUGUUGUGCACAGUAAGGAUCUUCAUCAUGUCAAGCAUCAAGGCAGUAAGGAUAAAAAAGACGACGUGCGUGAUAAGGAUCAUGGCCACGACCAUGAUCAUAAUUCCGACCGGAAGUCAAAAGUUGUGGUCAUCAAAAGGAAAAGUAGCGACGAUUACGUCGUCGAUCCUGGGAAGUCGAAAUUGACUAAAAAAAGCGGCGACCAUGCUACUUCCGACGAAGAGGCAAACAAGUCGAGAAAGGACAACAGAAAGUCGAAAAGUAGGACAACGAAAAGCAAUAUUAGCGACUUUUCCUCUUUCGGAACGAAUACAAGCUCCGUCGCGUCCACAAACACUGCAGACAGUCACGACUCUUCUGACAGAACCAAGGGAAAAAAGAAGAAAGACAAAGACAAGAAACCCGGCGUCAAAAGAAGCUUUUUGAAAUCGAAAAUCCAAGCCACCGGAGCGAUUGUCGGUGUGGGGGCUAGUGCAGCUGCCUCAUCUACUUCUGCUCGGGGAACGAAAAUUAAGAAAUCUGACAUAUCGCGGGACAGCGAUAAUAGUAAGAACACAGCGGAUGGAGAUACAACAGAUAACGACGACAAUCAGGACAUCACGGUGAAAGUGCGAGACGGUACCUCCCUGGCGAACGCGUCCUUUGGGACGAAAAAGAAGAAAAAGAAGUCGAACAAUCCGAUUCUGAGUUUUAGUGGCAGUCUAUGAAAGUGCACAACUCCCCCCUUUCCCUCAUUUGUCAUGCAAAAUUCCAAUUCCACCCUUUGCCUGUUAGCACUGUUUGCAUGACAGACUCCGAAAUCCAAAACAGCACUACAAUGCUCUAGAAAUUUUUCAUGCAAAAGCUGCAUCUCUGGCAGCGCUUGUGUUGCUGUCCAUGCAACACAAAUGAGGGGGAGGGGGAUUUGUGCACUCUCAUACAGUCCACCUGGUGGAAAUACGCCUGAUCAUACCGAUCAGGAAAAACAAGGUGCCGAUUCGGAUAAAAGUAACUCCGCUCAAGGACCUCCACAGGACGAAGUGACCCUGCAGUUUCGCGCCGAGUUGGCUUUGGUCGAUAUUGGAUUCGGUCCGGCGCAGGCGAAAGCUCUUGCGCACCGGUUGGCGGCCAUGGAGGACAAGGAUGAUGAAAAUCAAAAUGCAAGCCUCACUACCGAAGAGAAAAAUAUUGCAUCCAAAUAUGGAAAGAAAAAAGUUUGUCACAGUCACUAACUUGCAGGUUUUGCAUUACAAAUUUUUUUAGCAUCACAAGUUUUCCUUGUAUUGCAGAAACACUAGGGAAAUCCCCUAUGAAGCUUGGCUGUCAUGCAUUUUUACGCAUGACAGCCAGUUUUGUAUUGCAAAAAUGCGCAUGAGUGAUCGUGACGAACUUUUUUUGUUUGAUACCAAAGGGCUCCACGUGAAUACCAAGAUCCAGGACUUUCACCAGUUGGCAAACGAGCUCGUUAUGAAAUGUAAAAAUGUCUGGGUCUGGAAGAUUGCAACUUGUCAUGCUGUUUUUGGACUCUAAAAAAAUUUGUAUUGCAUGACCAGCAAGAGGAGUGCAAUUUGUGCCAUACGGACAGAACAUUUCUCAUGCGGCAUACGUAUCAGGAAGCUCAAUCAAAAACUGUGAUGCUAGGUCAUGCAUUACAGGCAUCAGGGAUCAUGCAAUAUAUGCAUCACAAAUCUCUUUCUCUCACUCUUCCAGACCCAGACAUUUUUACAUUUGAUACUCGUGGCGAAAAAGCAAUUCUUUUUCGAGCGGCCGCUCACACCGGGCGAGAAAGCGGAGAUUGAGAAGCGACGGAAACAACCUGGCCACAGCGGCACACUGGACGCUGACCCGACGCAUAGUCGGAAGAGCCGGAAGCCACACCAGCUGCCCACAGACGCGGGGGUUAUUCUGCCGCUGUCCAUGUUGGGAAAAUCGGUGAAGAAUAAGGGGAGAUUGCUGAAAAAAAGGACACUGAGCAAAAAGAACUCGCCCAGUAAUAUUGGCAUGAUCAUCAAAGGGGCGGAAGGCGAGGAGGGUGGGCCUGCUGGUGAUCGUGGUGAUCCACCCAGUAGUCCGUGAUCAACAUAUUUAGACAUCAUGAAUUCGAGAUUUACAGCUGUAAAUCUUUCAGGUUAUCGGUGCGAAGAUGGUGCUGUUGCUGAUGUAGAAGUUUUAGUUUACUGCUCAUCAGAAAUCUCAUUUUUGUGUGGAGGUCCCUGAUGAACGCAUCUGCUCAAAAUGCUCUCUAGACGCAAGAUAAUUUUUUUUCGCUGGAUUUGAUAAGAUUUGAUCGCUUUUGACAGGAGAACUAGUAAAGUGCACA